UGCCGAAGGCAGUGAGAUUAGGCAUUACAUCCUACAGUCACGCUGUUUGGAACAUCAGUUCGGGUUUCAAGAUUGAUAAGAUUCAGUUAAUGCGGAGUAGCCUAUGGAUCAUCUCAAAUUUGGGACAACCAAACAGCAGUUUGGGUGCAGGAUGCAUGGCCGGUAUCGCGCGUGGCAGCUGGAAGCCUUGGCUCUCCUGCAUCAGGUGCGCUCUCGUAACAACACCCAAAGCGAAAGGAUAACUUCAUCCGCUCGCGAAGGCAACGUGGAGAUGAGUCCACUGAUCGCCCGGGUGUGCCACGGCAUCUCGGCGCAAACUCUUGCACCUCGAAGGGUUUUGACAAUCGCUGAAAGGGCGCGCAAAAGCGUGCUCUCGCGCUUAAUGGACAUUCUCUCCCAGAUCAUUGCGGCAGAGGAGGAUAUGUACGUGUCACAUAAACUAUUCAUAUUUCCAAAGGACAGCAUUGACCUGAAGAACAUUUGUUUGCGUAUGGCUGAAGAUGAUUCUGGGAUUUCUCCAAGCGACAGAGAUUUGCGUGACCUACAGGGAUGUUUGAAAUGCAUUGUUGAAAAGCUGUUGUCUCUGUGUAAUGAAAACGAGGCCUCCAGCAUUUUUGUGAUUCUAAAGCUCAAGCAGAUCUGUGACACUUUCCCAAAAAUGUGGUGACCUAUGAUGAAUAGGCCUAGUCUGAACCACAUGGGAGUCUCACAUGACGGAUUUUUUUGUUAGGCCUAUUCCUCAGUAUUGUGAAGAAACACUAAUUAAGGCUAUGUAUGUGUUUUACCUUCAAACAAUGUAUUCAAACAACACAGGGGCGACUCAGUCACUCUGAGCCUAUUCUGUCACAGCAACACACUAACUUUGGUGGUCAUGCUGGCCCAGAACAUAACCCUUAUUGACAUUUUUUGACGGAGCAGGCUAGCCUACUUCCUUUUGUCUUCCAACAAGCAGAGCGGUCUAAUAGACUUUCCUCAAACCCGCCAUUGCAUUCAAAACUAUUCUAAAGAUAAUCAGAAUGUUGAAAAUGCAUGCCAUGGGGGUAAAUCCCAGUUCUUACGUUGCUCAACAAGCUUCACAAGAUUUUUUGUGUGGGUGAUCCGGUUCUGUUUGUGAGGCAAGUUUUGCAUGGGAUGAGCUGUCAUUCUGCCUUUCAGAUUUUCCAGUUGGCAACUUUGCCAAAAAAAGUGUUGUUUGUUGCAGGAGAGCCCAUAAAAGUUAAAUUGUUGGAACAUACUACUAGAACACAGAAUUAGUGAAAAUGUUGUGGGGAAAAUGUAUUUAAUUUCCAUUUGAUUAACAUUAAAUUACA